AUGAAGAAUUUUGUAAGCAAACCAAUAAACUUGGUUUAUACAUAUCUCCUUACGGCCGUUCUUGUUUUAACUCAUCAAGGCCAACAUCUUCUUGAGAACCAGGAAGAUUUUAGCUAUGUAAUAGGGAGCCAAAACGGACCAAAGAACUGGGGAGAUCUUCGUGCAGAAUGGGCAACAUGUAAGACUGGAACCGAACAAUCUCCGAUAGAUUUAGCUUUUAGCAAGAUGCGAGAUGCACCAGAGUUGGGUGAUUUGCAGACAAAUUAUACACCAGCAUCUGGAAUCCUAGAAAAUAUAGGCUAUCGUAUCAGGCUUCAGUGGGUUGUUGCAGGAAAUGCUGGAUCUAUUCAAAUAAACAAUAUUACCUAUGUGCUUGAUAAUAUCCAUUGGCACUCACCUUCCGAGCACACUAUCAAUGGAAUGAGGUUUUCUUUGGAGCAACAUUUGGUUCAUAAAAAUGUGCAACUUCAAAAGGUAGCUGUGGUUGCGGUUCUGUACGCCAUUUCUGUUUUCAAAGACCAAUUUCUUUCCAAGUUGGAAGACAACAUAGUGGAUAUAUCUGGAACUGGGGCGCCGAGCGAAGUGAACAUAGGUCUAAUUGAUCCGAACGAUAUUGACAUGAGUGAUAGAAGAUAUUACAGAUACUUGGGUUCUCUCACAACUCCCCCUUGUGACGACGGAGUUAUUUGGACCAUCAAGAAAAAGGUGAUGCCUGUCAGGAGAGACCAAGUAAUGUUACUUAGAAACGCCGUUCAUGAUGGCAACGAGAAUAAUGCAAGACCAUUGCAGCCUCUAAAUAACCGAGACAUACUCUACUACUCCCCAUUACACACAUCAUCAUCAGUAGACAAUAUGUAG